GACGUUAACGCGCGUGAAAUCCCCUCAUUGACCUCUUAAAACUUUUUUAAAGGGCUUUUAGUUUGGUUGCCAUGGCAAUUGCUUCUCUCUUCUUCUUCUAUCUUUCCCACGGAUUACUCCAAGUCAUCAGCGGGCAGCAGCAGAACCCCGAACCGGCGCACGCUGGCCGCUGGCGUCACCGCAUCCAGUGGGAGAACAACGGCCAGAUCCACAGCCUCAUGAGCACCGGUUCCGAGUUCGAGGCCCCGGCGCGCGUUUACGUCAGUAGCCGUGACCGAACCACGGGCUCCGGCGGCAGGGUCAGGAUCCCACCAAGAGUCCCCGGAGCGAAUCGCACCCCGCGCGCGGGGCAGCGACGCGGCACGGCUGUCGCCUUCGUGGGGAACCCCCUCAGGUACCCUGUGGAGGGGGAUCCCGGGCCACCUGCGCCGUUCCACCCGCUGGAGGAGAACGCGUCCUACGAAGUGGAGGGGAUGUAUAACGACGAGUCCCUCCAGGCACACGGCAAUUCGGUGCUCUAUAACAUGUAUCCACUCGGGGGCCGAUCGGGGGCCCACGCGCAACGACCCCCAGACGCGGGAUAUGGCACCAGAUACUUCCAAAACGGGCUUCCUGACCUGGUUCCGGACCCGUACGCUGUCCAAGCAGGCACUUACGUCCAGCGCAUGCAGAUGUUUGCCUUGCGUUGUGCAGCGGAGGAGGACUGCUUGGCCAGGUCGGCCUACGGACCCUCGGUGACAGAUAUUGACUUCCGGGUGCUCCUACGCUUCCCACAGAAGGUGAAGAAUCAGGGCACGGCCGACUUCCUUCCUGUCAAGCCCAGGCAUCAGUGGGACUGGCACAGCUGUCACCAGCACUACCACAGCAUGGAAGCAUUCAGCAACUAUGAUCUCCUGGACACCACCUCAGGCCUCAAAGUAGCUGAGGGACACAAGGCCAGUUUUUGCCUGGAAGACACGGCCUGCGACGCAGGGGUCCGGCGACGCUAUGCAUGCACAGCCCAUACACAGGGUCUCAGUCCGGGCUGUCACGACCUUUACGCCGCCAACAUCGAUUGCCAGUGGAUCGACAUCACAGACGUCGCCCCGGGAAACUACGUCUUGAAGAUCACCGUCAACCCCGACUUCCACGUACUUGAGUCGGAUUUUAGCAACAACAUUGUGAGAUGCGACAUUAUGUACACGGGUGUUUAUGUGCAGACGCGCAACUGCCGAGUAACGAGAGGGUGAAGAUUUCUGGAAGUUCCAAAAAGGAUCUCCUAGCAUGGGAUUUUUGUUUGUUUGUUUGUUUGUCUUUUAGUCAGUUGCAUUAGUUGUUAGUAAGUUGCAUUUGAUAUAGUUCUUCUAUAUUUAACAUGUCAUGUUUGUAAAUUAUGGUUGUUUUUUUACGUUAUUGCUUAAAUUAAUUUUUUCUGUGGUGCUAUUUGUUCUGUCUUUUUCACAAAUUUUUUAUGUAUGUAUGUAAAAAUUGUAUGUUAUGUGUGUAUGUAAUGAUCAGCUGACGUAAAUUGUCGAAGGAACUUUUGAACUAAUCGCGUUUCGGCAUUUUACAGGCUACUCUAAAAAAUAUAUGCAAAAAUACCAUUUUUGAAAUCUUAAAAUACCAUUUCUUUUUGCAAGAAAUAAACCUUAUUCGUCUGAUAUACAACUGUUUUCAAUGAAUGACUACUUAAUUCUGGUGGAAUUAUGAUUUUUUUUUAAAAAAAUUUGUUGUCCGAUAAUGUAUUUUUAACCAAUAAACGAUAUUGCGGUAUUGACCAGCUCCAAAAAUCCGAUACCAAUAUAUGCGGUCGUGGACUUAACAUUGUAUUGCGAUGCCCAGGUCAAAUGAUCUGCUCACAUAAGAAAUCCCAAGCAUCUUAGUUUGGAGACAUCCAAUAGUGAAUAGGCAUAACUCCUGUGCUAAGCUGUGACCAGCCCUUGUACAAAGGCAGAAUGUUUCUACAUUCACUUUGAAGGCAAGCUGCAUAUUAAAAAACAUGUUGAUAUGAUCCAAGUUAUAUUUAAAAUGUUUUUUUCGGCCGAUAUUAUCGGGCAACUCUGUUUCAUUUUUCUUUAAAAUGUACAACUUUAUUCAUGAUAUUCUGGGAUUUACAACUUUAAUAUGAAAAUAUUCACACUUCCCCCAAAUCCUUUUUAUAAAUACACAAUUUAAUUCCUGUAAUAUGAUUUUUUUUUUUUUUUUUUUGUUCAUUCAAGGAUGGAAAGGAAAUUUGUUGCCAAUAACAAAGAAAAAUGAGAGCCAAGAUUUGUAAGGGAAC